AUGCGGUUUCGAAUGGCAUUGCUUUCAACAGGGGCUCGAGUGCCUCAAAGAAGUAGCACAAAGAUCUCGGAGGUCCCAGCACAGAACCAACAAUUGCAGGAAGAAAAGAUGAAAAGUGUGGGGCUUCAACGGCACCAUGGUGUAGUCGUUUGCGGCUCGACGGUGGCAGAGGCUUUUGAUGAUUUGUACUUCUUGGAGCAGGCAGCACGAAUUCAAGUGUUGGCAAUGCAGACGAAUCUUCCACUGGUUCUGGUGGACGAAGAGGUGUGCAAGCUCACAAAGGAAGUUUUCGACAAGGACAAGCCAAAAUACGCAAGAACGCACCUGGAUGCCUGGAAGCGUCAGCUGCUUCGGGAGGACCCCACCCUGCGAUGGCUGGAACCCUGGGUCCCCAUGGCGCACGCGGACGUGCUGCGGACGCGGAGCGGAGUCGGUCAUGUUCCCUGGGCUGAGUGGUUGGUGGAUUUCGCCACUUCUCAGAAGGUGCGUGACGUUCUGACGACUGCCUUGAUUUCCGGCACGCGAGAAGGACACUCGGCAGAAAAUGCUGCGAAAUUCAUGGAGCUUGGUCCUGAGAGGGCAUUGCUUACCUAUACUCGGCGAAGUGGUGCACUCAGUGCGCACACGAGCACCAUCGAUAACGCCUGGCGUUUGUUGAAGCAGGCUGUUCCCAAGUCUCUGGCCUUGAAGAAAGGCCUCAAGGAAAUCUUUGGUGGUAGCUGCCACCGCACCGCCAAGAUUUGUGCCAUCCUGGAUGCUGCCAGGCUUUCGGCCGAACGGGCUGGGGAUCCACGGUUACAGGGAUGUCGCAACGCAUGUGAGUCGGUGGAACAGGUUCUGAAAGACUUGGGUUUAGGAGCGGCCUUGCGAGCUGCUCAAGAGGAGGAACGGCAGGCCCUCGCAGAUGCACGUGCAGCAGAUGUAGGCCGUUCAGAUGCACCCUUCUCAUCUCCGAAAGAGGAGGAAGCGGCCAGAAAAGCCGCUGAUGACGAAGCGGCCAGAAAAGCCGCUGAGGAAGAAGCGGCCAGAAAAGCCGCUGAGGAAGAAGCGGCCAGAAAAGCCGCUGAGGAAGAAGCGGCCAGAAAAGCCGCUGAGGACGAAGCGGCCAGAAAAGCCGCUGAGGAAGAAGCGGCCAGAAAAGCCGCUGAGGACGAAGCGGCCAGAAAAGCCGCUGAGGAAGAAGCGGCCAGAAAAGCCGCUGAGGAAGAAGCGGCCAGAAAAGCCGCUGAGGAAGAAGCGGCCAGAAAAGCCGCUGAGGACGAAGCGGCCAGAAAAGCCGCUGAGGAAGAAGCGGUCAGAAAAGCCGCUGAGGAGGAAGCGGCCAGAAAAGCUGCUGAGGAAGAAGCGGCCAGAAAAGCCGCUGAAGAAGAAGCGGCCAGAAAAGCCGCUGAGGAAGAAGCGGCCAGAAAAGCUGCUGAGGCGGAAGUGGCCAAAGUAGCUCCUGAGGCUGGAGGCAAAGGAAAGGGUAAGGCGAGAGGUUCAGGAGCAGGCUCGAGAUUUAUUGACCCGCCAGGCCACUAUGUCCUUGACUCAGCUUCGUGGCCAUGGAAAGCUGAUGGCUGUGAGGUUGGCUCUGAUGGCUGUGAGGCAGGGGCAUGA